AUGUAUGUCGACGACGUACUUGCUGGCUCUCAUGAGCUAGAUGACGCUUUUAGGAGACGUAUUGAACUUACCCAUGUUCUUGAAUCGGCUGGUUUCGUUUUGAGAAAAUGGACUGCCAAUCACAUACGUCUCUUAGAAGAUUUACCCCGUGAGAAUCUGCUUGAUGCAGACUUCUUAAAAUUUUCAGAUGCUAGUACAACAAAAACCCUAGGCUUGCGAUGGAAUUCAGAAACUGACAGUUUCUACUUCCGACUCAUAUCGCAGCCACGCCGGGAUAUUGUGACAAAACGUGCUGUCUUGUCAGAAAUAGCUAAGCUAUUUGACCCCGCCGGUUGGCUAUCCCCAAAAAUCAUUGUUGCUAAAAUUAUAAUGCAACAAAUAUGGUAA